AUGUCGCCCCAGUCGGCGUCGUCGUCGUCAAACUCGAUCUCUUCGUCCGAACGCAAUCCAAAGUCCAAGACGUUGCUUGGCGACGGCGGGACGACCGCUGUCGCCUCGGGCACCGCACCGACCUUGGGCUUCAGCUGCAGCACACGCUUGGGCCUCGGCAGCGGCCCGAGCUUCAGCUUCGGCACGGGCCUGGGCCUCUGCUUGAGCACGGGCUUGGGCUUCGGCGGCGGCCCGAGCUUCAGCUUCCGCACGAGCUUGGGCUUCGGCGGCGGCCCGAGCCUCGGCUUCGGCACGGGCCUGGGCCUCUGCUUGAGCACGAGCUUGAGCUUCGGCACGGGCCUCGGCUUCGGCCAUAGCGCGCGCUUGAGCUUCGGCCUGAGCACGAGCUUGGGCUUCGGCGGCGGCCCGAGCCUCGGCUUCGGCACGGGCCUCGGCUUCGGCCAUAGCGCGCGCUUGAGCUUCAGCCUGAGCACGAGCUUGGGCCUCGGCGGCGGCCCGAGCGUCAGCUUCGGCACGAGCUUGAGCUUCGGCCUGAGCAUGGGCCAGCGCUUCAGCUUGAGCAUGGGCCUGCUGCUGCAAGCGAUCCGCUUCCUCAGCGGCGCGGGCCGCCUCGUACUGGGCGCGCACUUGAGCUUCGUGACGGGCUUGCGCGGCAUGAGGAUCCUGACCUACAGCACACAAAUACGACUUAGUCUUCCGGCACGCUCACAGAUAUAUUAA